UUCCUUCUUAGGCUACAAAGAACGGCUGCUUACAGAACUAAAGAUGGAGUUACAUCUUUGCACCUCGACGGCCAAGCUGGUUAUGCAGAGAUUCCAGCAAUUGACAUACGUAGAAGCAACUUUAGCAUAUCAGUCCGUUUUAACCUUCAAGACAUCCAGUCGUUGCAACACAUUUUAUCUGAUUGGUCAGCACCUUUUCAGUUCCGACUGUAUGUAUCUGGCAGCCGGGUGCAUGUUACUUUGCGACGAGGGGGAAAUGUACAAGACCUGUUACUUAUGUCUAGUUCCGGGUUUGUAUAUUACUUGGUUCAUGUAACUUCUCAUUUGUUUUAUCAAUUUGCUCCUUUUUUUCUUUUCUUCAAUUUACAUGCUUAUUACUCUGCUAAAUUGUUCCUACUCUUUUUUGGGGGGGGGGGGGGGGGUGGUUGUGUUCCAUUUCUAUGUACUUCAAGGAGAAAAGGAAUCCUGGAUGCUACUCCGAAUUACCACAAAUUCGCAAAGCAUCAAGCGGAGGAUAUUUAAACACUGUUAAUUGAAAGGAAAUUGUUCUCUCACACUCUUCUGGCACUAUUUUUCUUUCAGUGCCACAACUGUAAAUCGCUCCGAAUGCUCUUAAAUCUUAUUGGUAAAUUUUAAGUCUCGUGCAUCAUUUAUGGCCACUAAGCAGGAAAUUUUAAAACAGUUGUUUAAAUUACAGAAGCAAUACUGAAUUGGCUGAUAAGCGCCUAAAAAUGAAUAGAACAAUCCAUAAUGAUAGACAUAGUUAAAAAAGAUUGCAUAUUCAAUGAUUGAUGAAUUUCUGAUUAAUUUUUUCUGAAAGACAUAUCCGAAAAAAUGAAUGGAUGCACUUGGUAUUUACUUGGAACCGUCAAGACCUCAAAGGAAAACUUUAUCUUGAUGGACAAAGUUUUGGAGAAAGUACUUCCACUUAUACAGGAGCGGAUAUUGAUCUUAAGCUGACCACUCACACAGCAUAUGAAAUUGGUCUGAAAAAAGACACAGGGGAAGUACUGCGUGGUUCAUUAAGGGAUUUGUCUGUGUUGUUACGCACACUGUCACCAGGGGAUGUUUUGAAAUUGUACAGUAAGUUUUGUUUCCUAUUUUUGUUUUGAAGCGUUAGCUCAUCAACAGUGGAGCUUUGGCAGCUUAGAGUAAAAGGAGAUUUAAGGUAGUUCUUGUGGAGCUUCUAAGGCACUCACUUAAACUUUGUUUGUGACAGCAAAUGUCAAAUGAACAUACCCAGGCCUUAGUACAAUGAAUUAUCUUUAUUUCAAGCAUGUUUUGUUCUGGUUUACAUAAACUGCGUGGGGCGUUAUUUAACGUCGAUAGCCAACAAUAGAAAUAUCAAACUGAGGUGUUACCGCCCAUCUUUACAUGUUGAAUUUAACUUUUCUUUUCACGUUACGUCAGUUUUUGAAACUGUCCAGCCAAAUUUCCCCUUAAACAACGAAUAAUGUUUUCAAAUGUGUGUUUGAACUCUACUAUACGGAUAAACUUACAAUAUAGUAUUCAAGUUUCACUGAACUCAAAAUUAAAGUGUCAGUGUAAGAGAAAAAGACUCGUUAACCUGUGGGAUAAUAAGUGGCGUUUUCUAGAAAAUAAUAUUCACGUAAAUGUCGUAUUUUGCCUUAUCGAUAAAUCUCCGAAAGACAGCAAGUAAAUCAAACGUGCUGAUGAGAAUGGUGAUGAUUAUUAUGAAUAGACCAAUAGUGAGGUAGAUGUUCCUUUGACCUCUGUGUUACCCAGGACCAACAAGAGCGUUCUGUCCAGUACAAAGUACCAUUGAUGGAUGCUGCAAAUUCUCUUUUUCACACAACAACAAGCAUCGCAAUUCUUGCAUGGGUACAGAGACCUUGGGGUGCCAAACCUCUUCAAUCGACAAUAUUUCGAAGUGGAGCCAGUGUGCCUGUGAGUAAAGAAGCUAAAAUAGUUUUCAUGCACUUGGAAGACAAUUACAAUUUGAAAUAUUUUAUCAUUCUUUCACACUUCUAUCCAUUUCUUCAUUCUUCCAUCGGCCCAUCUAUAGCUAUCAUUCAAUCCACCAAUCUAGCCAUCGCCCAUUUAGGUAUUUUUAAUUUUUCCACUCUUCUCUUGCAAUGUUUAUUACCUUUAAGCUUUUUAUUUGGUUUUUUUACCCACUUUUAAAUUUAUCUGCACCUCUAAUUUUCUCCUUAAUGAUGUCCUCUUUAUUGCAUGAGCGGCGCUUAAAUUUUCAAAUAUAUUGAAAGGGUUUUUUAUCUAUUACUUGCAAGUAAACGGCGGCUGUUUAGAGUUUCGUCACGGCUUUUGUGGGUGGGUCAAUUCCAAGAUGAGCACCACACCAUGGAAGCAAACGAAGACAAAUGAAGAGGCAAGAUUAGCCCAUGUCAAGCCAGGUAAAAACAAUUUUUUUUUAAACUCAUGCAAAAACGUUCACAAAACUAGAUUAUGGUGGAAUUCUUUUUGUAGGCAUACUCAGAAUUUUUCUUUCUUUCUUUCUUUCUCUCUUUCUUCUCCUUCUCCUUCUUUAUCAUUUUGUUUUAUUUGGCAAUAUUCUCCACCUCGAACUAACAAUUUUCUCGUUUACUUACUUGUAGGCGUUGAGAAAGAAAGCAAUUACCAACUGAACUUUACCGCUGACCAUAGCGGCUAUGUAAACAUUACUGAUUUGCCUGAUCUUGUGGCUUUCACUGUCUGCUUCUGGAUGAAAUCGUCAGACGAUACCAGUGCAGGCACCCCGUUUUGGUACAGAGUGCGCUAUGAAAAAAAGGGAAGAUACGUUACUGCGAUUGCGCUAAUCGACUACAGAGGAUUCUAUGUCUACACCGGCGAGACAAAAUCGUACGUUUCUUUCGUUAAUCUUUCAUGAACAAGGCUUUAGCUUUAUAAUUGCUUGACUGAUUUCAGUACCUUUAAAGUCCGAAGUAUCCUUGAAAAGGUAUUUGCUUUUCUAGUGGUAAAUUUUUAUCUUAACUCUGAAAUGUUUAAAGAAUGUUCACAACAGGGAAAGAAACAAAACUGAAAGAAAGGUAUAAUUAAAAUUGUCUUAACUAAGCAGGAAAAGCCGGAGCGGAAUUGGAAUGAGCUUGUUAUCGCCGAAUUCAGGGAAAACGAUAAUAUGUAUAUUAGGAAAUAUAUUCUGGUUGUAAUUUUCCUUUCUUAUGUGGGUAACAAUGACGAAUCUUACCAUGAAUUAGUAUGUUUGAUGAAUUUUUAUAUACGUUUUCCAACUUGUCAUUUAUGAUACUUACAAUUAUAAUUCUUUGGCAUAAGCCAGUACGAGCUCAGAUAUAUCGCUAAGUUUAAAUGACCAUUCAUUUGUUUCAAAAUUUCCAGAAGAACUUGUGAAUACCGGGAUGAAUGGGUAGGAUGCUGAAAAAGAAACGCGGUUUCUCUUGUGGCCUCCAGUAGUUAAUUCCGGUGUACAAGCAAGGAUUAUAUAGGAAUGCAUUAGGUCUUCAUACCAGUAACUUGUACUACUAUGGUAUUCCAAGGCAUUUGUUGAUCUCAGGUUGACAACAAAUCUAUGAAAAAGCAGUAUGACGUAUCCAAGAAUAUUAGUUAGAAAAUUACGACCAGCCUCUAGAUAACACUUUCCGUUUUCGUGGUAAAUUAUUGUAUACUUUACAGGGGAAGGACCAGUGUCAAAGCAAACGACGGCAAGUGGCAUCAUAUUUGCCUGGCGUGGAAGUCUCCAGAUGGAAUAUUGAACUUCUACUUUGACCAACGACAACUUCAAGGGCGAGGAUUUUCUGCAGGUGAAAAAAUUCCAGGUAAUGACGAUGACAUACAAUACUACGUUCGGUCCGUCCGUCAUAACCUCGAGCGUAAUAAGUUCCCGUCCGGCCCUCCCACUCAGUCAAUACGUGCGUGGUAAUAAGACAUCCUGGAAUGUGUCCAAAACCUUGACUAAGCCCUGCAUCUAGCACAAGAAAAUAUGCAGAGAAAAGGAAAAGUAGACUGAAAGGAUCAUUGAAAAGAAGCCCUUUACUUUAAAAAAUGCAAGAAAAGGUAAACCUGCACUAUACCUAUAUUCUUUUUAACAGGUAAAGGUGAAUUUGUGGUUGGACUAACAAAAGAUCAAGCAAAAUUAGACUCAAAAGCCGGCGAAUUCAUUGGUAUUAUCAGCCACGUUAACAUAUUCCACACAUUUCUCGAUAACCACGUGAUAACCUGGAUGUCGCACGGCUGUGGCGAGGAUUUGAUGAAUACCAUUGUUCCCUGGUCCCAGUUUACGUAUGGUUUCAUUGGAGACGUUAACAUUCAAAGACCAAUGACGUGUAGGGACAAUGAGGGUUGGUGCAUAAAGCUCUUUUGAAAUAAUAGCGACAAAAGUAGCCCCAAUGAGACUCUCUGUGUGGAAAUUUAGGUUUCAUAGUGUACUAAGCGAACCACAGGUUCGACAUAACCAGGACUUGCCAUUAAUUUUGAUCUCUGUCAGCAAUGUUUAUCGAGUACCCUUUAUUGAAAUUUUUCAUUGAUUCGUUGUUAGUUUAGCUCAUGGAUUUUUAUCCCAUGGCCAUCAAAGCGAGGGAAGCUGUGCACUAAAAUAACCAACGACAAAUCUUAUUUUAAUUCUCAGGUCUCCGCAUCAUUGUGUUAGCAAACCGAACAUCUCCAUCUCCACAAGUAUCCGUGUUUGAAAGUCCGCUUUAUGAGCGAUCUUAUGAUGCACACAGCAUCUGUGUAUUAUUUAGGUAUAUCAUACAUGGUCCUGGAAUACGUUUCCUUCGUUUUUAUCAACAAAUGGACCUUGCAAACCAUACGAGGCGGUUAAUAUGGGCGGCAAACGAGUCUAACAACACGGAAGGAAUAUGGAAGUAUGGCAGAGUAACCCUGCCAAGUAUAACUAAAUACAGAGUGAGUAAGCUAAGUUAUGAGAACGACAUCAUAACCGAUUCCUUCUUUAACUCUUAAUUUUUUGUUGAGUUUACAAUGGAAGUAAAUUAUCGGAUAGCGCUGGGCGCUAGACUGAUCAGAAAAAUUUCGUCUAUCUUCUCUUUAGCGUGAAAAAGGAUGAGAUAUAAAUGCGUACGCGCUUGUCUUCCAGCCCCCGGGUGAUCAUUGUCUUGCUCCUGUCUUUCUUAGAUUCUUUUGAACAAUAAAGUUUAAUAAGGGAAAUCAAUCGAUAAUGGCUUCUGCUGUCCAGAGCAGAUUUGUGCCACAAAAUACGAUUUAGUGCCAACAAGAGACUAUAUGUACUUUUUGUGCCCCAAGAGAUGUAAUAUUCUCUUGGUGCCAACAGCUAAUUGUUAAAAACAUUGAAGAAGUUUCAACUUUCAAUUUUCAGUUAAUGUAACAUAUUUUAUUGUGCUGAUCACGUUGCCGAUGAAGCAAAACAUUCAGCUGUCUCAACAAUGUGCUUCAAAUAAGUAUGUGUACAUAAAAUGUUUUCUGCAGCUGCCAUCUUCUUUUGAAAUACUGUAGUUUUGCCCUCAUAAUAAAUAUUAUUCAGAUGGCGAACGGUUACAUUUGCAGGUUUCUUUUGAAGCGGAUUUGGGCAGGUACCCUGGUUUUAUUGGUGUAAGGGGUUUACAAGUACUGCCUGGAUAUUGCCAUCCAGUCCCACUUAGGGCAACGCAAGGUACAUGUUCACAUGAUGUUGUACUUUUCUUUUUUUUCUGUUGGUUUUUUUUGUUUUCUCUAGCACUAAGUGCCAGCUAUUUAAUAUAUGUUUCAUGUUGACUAAUAUAUCUUCUCUUGGUGUAGUUAUUUCUGUAUUUCAUACAGUGUUAGUUUAAAAGGCAUAUUAAAAGUUGUGAGUCCCUUCGAGGUUAGCACCGCCGCCUUUAAUUGCUUUAAAUGGUCAACAUAUUUUUUCCUUGUUGUCUUUUAGGGUGCAAUGGAAACAUGACCAAUUCAUCAGGCUUUAUCUUCUCUCCACACUUCCCCGGUUAUUAUCCGCCUCUAACUCUCUGUCGCUGGACUAUAAAGGUUGCUCCGGGAAAAAAUAUAAAGCUACGAUUCUUGGAGUUUCAGUUAGAAGAUCAUCCAUCUUGUUAUAGUGACUACAUUGAGGUUUAUGAUGGAUACGAAACUAAAACAAAAAAACUUCUCGGGAGAUAUUGUGGCCUGCGAUUUCCAGACUUUCUUGAAUCAUCGACGAAUUUUAUGUUAAUUAAGUUUGUAAGCAACGACAAAGUUACAAGAUCUGGUUUCAAGAUGCACUACACAUCAGAAGAAGGUAAAGGACUACUAAGUUCAAGCGCACUUUACAAGACCUUCCCUUAACACAAAUAAAUCACUGUUUGACGGUUUUACAGACAGGCUGAUUGGCUAAUGUUGUGAUGGAUGGAAAUGAUGAAGAUAACGAUUACGACAAGAAUAACUUUCACAAUAGCUAUAGUUAUAGUUAUAGUUUUUUGUUUUUAAGUUCUCAUAGCAAAAUUGAGCUCAAUAAAGUAAAUAGAGUCGAAUGGCACUUAACAGUAGUUUGUUUUCCUCCCAUAGCUCUCCUUGGGAAUUCCAAUUGCGUCAGUUUUGAAGGUAACAUGGAAUCUAAAGUGUUGAUUUGAACCAGUGGAGCUCUAAGGUCUUCUCGAUCCAGUCAAACUUGGACCCCACUUUUAGUCGUGAUGUUACCCGGAGAGACCUGCUGUAAAUGAGUUCUCUCGCCCAAUCCUUCCCAAAUUUACUGAUGCUGUACUGAAAAGGACAGACAAGUUUAUCUAAAGUGUUUUAUGCACUGACUUUUUACUCUCGAUUGAAUAGUCUGUCUUCUGUCUUCUUAUUCUUCUAAAGCAGCUUUAUUUCUCUCACAAGGUUGCCCUUCAAGCUGUGAGUGUAAUAUCAUCUCAUCUAAGCGUCAUGAUAUGGUGAUCACAGUUAAAAAGGGAAGAGAGUUGAAGGCCAUACCAGAAAAUAUGCCUUCUAAUACAGCUGUAAUGUAAGAUAUGAAGCGCUUCGUAAGCGGUUUGGUGCUUUACAAAGUUUAAAAUGAAAAUGAAGGUUUCAGAUAUCUAAGAUGAAGGAAAUGUUAGAGCUGUUUAACGUAUAAAAAUCUAUUUGCGCUUAUAGAAGAAGAUUGGAGAUAAACCCUUUUUUCCUUUCAAUUUCUAAACAUUUUAUAAGUACCCAUUGAUAUCGUGAUAAGAGUACUGGUUAUUCAUUGUGGUGAAGUACAAUGAUGAUAAAACAAUAUUGUUUUCUCUCCUUGUCUUCACUCCCCUUGAUGAUCAAAGCGUUUUGACUGCAUACUUUUGGUAAUAUUUGUUUGUAACUUGAUUCUAAAAUAUCACUUCUUUCAUGGCAGAUCGUUCCAGAACAAUAGGAUUUCUUACCUACGCACGAAUCAAUUUUCUGGCCUCUUGAUGUUGACUUACUUGUAAGUAUACUCUAAGUAAAUGCUGAUAUUGUAAAUGCGACUUGAUUAUUUAUUUUUGUCCAGUCCAAAUGAUUUAACAAAUAAAGAGGCCUUAACUGUGGUCUGUACAACUGUAAGCAAGCGUGAAGCGACUAGAGCACGAAAGAAGAGUAAGGAAAAACACCACACGUAGUCGAGUGUUUCUCCCCACUUUUUGCAGAGCGAUCCGCAUGAUCGCAGUCGCUCAGAUACCUGCAUGAUUAGUAUGAAUUUUUACAGUUAUGCCAGUCUGGCUAUAUUUUUCAUAAUUCCUGUUUUGCUCUGAUUUGCUUUUUAACACUAUAUUCUAUACGAGCGUUAGCUGUGUUUGAUUUUUAUUACCAUACGAAAGUUUGAAAUCUAACUGAGCGUGAAUACCUUCAAAUCUCGGACUGCCCAUUUCGUUUUCCCCUUGAGGAUUUUCGUCUCUGUUCGCGUUAUAAUAACGUAAAAUACAGCUCUUGGCAUGUUUAAAAAUCUUUGAUUGGCUCUUCUGUUGCUACUUGCCGGCUCGCUUGUUCCGAAAUUUCACUUUCAAUUAACGAAAAAAGCUAAAGAGAAGUCUCGGAAAAGGUCAGACAUAGUACAGUUUGGCAGAUGGCGUGACAGCUUUAGCUAAGCUCUAUGCUUUGAACUCUGAUAGAGCACGCUCUUUUAACCAGUGACAGCGCGCAUUAUAUCUGAACUUUAUUGUAAAGGUCUGUAGAGUGGUAGUUAGAGUCGCAAAAAUAGAUGUGUUCCUGUACAACAAGUAACCUAAAUAUUGACUGACAUGCGGGUGAUAUUCAGGGCCGGGGGCAAAUAAAUUUCAUCACUUCUUUGAUGAAAAGUGAAGAGCACGAAAAUAGAUAUACGUUUGACCAGAAUCCCUAGUUUGCCUUUCAGCUAAAGAAAAACAUUUCAAAGGAGGCUCUGAAGGACGCUCUUCAUCAAAAGAUCUUAUCUUGGAUGAUGUGAAGUUUAAAUAGCUGUUCAAAAUAUUAUAAAUGGUGAUAAUUUAAGACAAACGAAAUCAAAAUAUGUACCGUUUUUUGUUGCUUCUUCCAGGGACUUGAGUCAAAACCGUCUCUUCAGAAUCGAGAAACGAGCGUUUGAACAUGCUGUUUCAUUGCGUUCUUUGUAAGUGUAUGGUUUGAAUCGAAAUCUUCCCAUCUAUUUGAACUCAGAGAAAUCAUAAAUAUCUUGUUUAUCUCAUUUCCUAGGUUCGUACCGUAUGUUAUGGAACCUCGUUUUUUUCAGCUCGGAUUUAAAUCCGAGCUGAAAAAACUCGGUCCGUAACUAACAGUACGGAACUCGAAGUAGGUAAGUGAGAAGUAUGUAUUACUACCAGCAGAAACAUACGUGCAAGUUCUUACACUGGUUUUGUUUUGGCUUUCAUCAAAUGAGGACACUACUUUUUUUUUAGGCUGGUCAUGACCAAAUCAUACUUUAAAUUGCUCCUUUUCUGACAUGUACAUUUGCGAAGCUAGAAAGCUGUAGUAAUUACUUCUUGUUUUUAAAGAAUAUUAAAAAAAUAAUCAUAUCAUUAUUUUCUAGGAAACUUCAAGGAAAUUUCAUGAGGACUUUACCAGGUGGAAUUUUCCAUAAUGCGUCAAAUCUUCAUACUUUGUACGUAUGAUAAGUGAAAAAAAAAUCAUAAUUCACUGAUGUGAUUUGGUUAGUAAAAGUAAUAAACAGGUGACCAAACAGAUAAAUGAAACAAAACUGAUCCGCUGCCUUUGUCCCCUCUUUGUUGUUCUAAUCUAGGGACUGUAGUUUAAACUUGAUAGAGGAAAUAUCAUCAACAACACUGGCUUCAAUGGCAGCUUUGACUACAUUGUAAGUAGAUUUUUAAGGCAGGAUUGCCAUAAACAGUAUAUAGAUUCAGUGAAGCUUUAACUCGAAGGGUCUGUUUGCUAAUUUGCGGGGCCCUCAUCUUCAAUUAGAACUGCCCUCAGGAUUUUGAAAAGUGUAUUUAUAACAAUUUACGGUCAAGUUGUUAUUUGUAAAGGAGAAGUGUUGCAAUGAAUAUCAUCGAUUACACGACUCAAAAAUAGUGCACCUUGAAUAAGAUGACUACAAAUUUUUCAUGUUUUUUUUCAUAGGAGCUUCAGAGAAAACCGGAUAAAUUCUAUUGAUAUGGAUGCUUUUAAGGGAGCCCGGAAGCUACAAUACUUGUAAGUUCUCCCGUAAACUUUUUAGAUGCUUUUAUGACUUGGUUAUUAUUUUGUUUAUUUGAUUUGGUUUUGAGUUUUGGUUUUUUUAAAUUUUUUACUUUUUCUCAAAACUCCAUCUUGAUCUGGCAAUAUCUUGGCAGGUAUCUUCAAAACAAUUUGCUGGUAGAGCUGAGUGAUAAUACAUUCCUGGGCUUAACAAGACUCAAAGUGCUGUAAGUGAAAUGAGCUGCUCUGCAAAUUUGCUUUUGUUGAUUUUCUUGUUUAUGCUAUUGCUUUUCCUGUUUUUUUAUUUUGUUCGUUUGUUAUAAUUAGUAUUAUUUUUAAUAUCGUAACCAUUAUUAUAUGAACUAUUAAUAAUUUUAUUAUUAUUCAGAAAUAAGCAUACAUUAAGUAAAAAAUGGCAUUUGUCACAAAAUAUAUUUUAGUUCAGCUAUUUAGUUGUUCCGAUUAUAAAUGCUAUCUAACAAAUAAAACUACUGAAAGUAUGCAUCUAGCACCAACAGUUAUUAUCAGUGAAAACAAUUGUGUACCCGAUUAUUUUUUUCUCAGGUCUCUGCGUUACAACAAGAUAAAAAGAUUGACUUCCAAGACAUUUGCUGGGCUUACUUCAUUGGAGAAAUUGUAUGAAUCACUUCGUUGUCCGGAAGGGGAAUGUUUGGAUUUUAAUUCAAAAGGCAUACAUAAUGAUGAUAAAACAUUUCUUAAAUCACAAUGAUGAAGUCAUUAUUUAAAUCCAGGUUCAUAGUAAAUUUGUACGGAGAUUAGGCAUCUUCAUUUUACCGUCCUUUUGAAUAUUUCAUUCAUUUUUCAAUGUUAUAUUACACACAUAUAUCUUUGUUUCAGAGAUUUACGGAACAAUUCUAUCAGUUUGAGAGACUUUUCACCUGGUGCCUUCGAUGAACUCCGCAGUCUUAAGGAAAUGUGAGUCCUUGUUAGCUGGACUAAUAUAAAUAAAUUGAAUAAAAGUAAAGAAAUGAUCUUCGCAUUUGAGCUGCAAUUAAAGUAAUCGCAGAAACAAAGCCUGAAAAAAAUUCAGGCUUCGACGGAAUUCAAACUUGUGAUUUGCGUAUAAUAGUUUGGCACCAGUAGCAACUGAGCUACGUGGUCUGAAUUUUUUUAGUCAUACAGGCUAGGUUUCUUUCAGACUUUAAAUCUUAGGAAGUGUCUGGUUACAAUCGUUUUAAAACCUACAUAACACUAUUGCUAAAAGUCAAACCAUACCCACUAUAAUCCAAUAACUGAAAAAAAAGUAAUCUCGAUUAUCUGAGAAAAAUUUUGUUAUUGAUUCUAAAUGCAAACAACUCAAAAAUUGCCUCUCAAACGGUUGACUGGGUGUUAUUAUCAUUACUUUUUCAGCUUCCUUGACGAGUUCAUCCUUUGUUGUUACGCCGAAAAAGCAGCCCCUGGUGUCGGAUGCAUUUCGCCGAAAGAUGAAUUUUCUAGCUGUUCUGAUCUGAUGAAAAACAAAGCGGUCCAAGUGUGCAUUUGGAUUUUGGGGCUGACCGCUCUUCUUGGAAAUCUCUUCGUCAUUUUAAUGCGAGUAAUCGUGAAGGAAGAUAACAAAAUACACUCAUUUCUUUUAACGAACCUUGCAAUUUCAGAUCUUCUAAUGGGCAUCUAUCUGCUUAUUAUUGCUGUAAAAGACGUACAAUGGCAAGGGGAAUACUUUAAGCAUGACAUCAAUUGGAGGUCAGGAGUAACGUGUGCAUUGACUGGAGUGCUGUCUAUGGUAUCAAGUGAAGUGUCCGUCCUAAUGUUAACACUCAUUACCACUGAUAGACUAAUCUGUAUCGUUUUUCCUUUCAAAAUGAGACGCAUGAAUCGUGGGAAUGCUUAUAUUAUUGUGGCGGUUAUCUGGAUCUUCGGAACUCUGUUAUCUGUGAUUCCAAUGUUUGGGUUGGAUUAUUUCUAUGACGAUAAACGAUACGUAGGAUUUUAUGGAAAGUCUGCAGUUUGUCUUCCUCUCCAACUGUCGUCAGAUCGUCAAGCUGGGUGGGAAUAUGCUGUGGGGAUCUUUAUUGCUUUAAAUUUUGCAUCAUUUGUUUACAUCCUCACUGCAUAUAUAGUCAUGUUCUUCUCUGUCAGAAAUGUCGCUAAGAAUAUCAGGUCAACGCACAUUAGCAGAGAAUCGCAAAUGGCGAGAAGAAUGGCUUUUAUCAUUCUGACUGAUUUCCUCUGUUGGAUGCCUGUAAUUGUCAUUGGGAUGUUGUCACUGAUCGGAAAAUUUCAUGAUCCUGAAAAGCAAGCUUACGUUUGGAUUGCCGUGUUUGUCCUCCCUGUAAACUCGUCCAUAAACCCUAUACUAUACACAUUUUCCACUCCUUCGGUGAAGAGGAAGGUUACAGAACAGAAGGACAGGUUUAGAAGUUAUUUUCAAAGAAGUUCACAUCAGUGGGAAGGAUCUCCAGGUAAAUCUCAUUUUAUCAAUGCUUUUUUUUCAUACAAAUUAGAUACAUGUUAGAAAUUAGUUAAGGUAUCCGGCUGUCUAUUAAACACACUUGGUGUUUUUGUCUUCUGAUUGGUCAGUGUCGUCAAUUAUCGGAAGGGAGAGUUAUAGUGUUUGUUGUAACUGGAUAAAAGGUUACACAUUUCUUAAAUAAUGCGGCACGUACUGCUGCAGUUAAAUAGCCAGAAUACGUUAAAUCUGCAAUGUAAACAAUAUAAUCCAACUUAUCUCUUAUGUAAAGUGUAACUACAAAAAGAAAAGUUUAGCAUAAAAAUACCCAAUAUUUUUAGUCCAUAGAAUAACUAGGCAGAUGAGUUCAGUUAUCAUAAUUCUAACAUGAGACAAAACCUUCCGUUAGGGUCACGAGGUACUUCACUCAGCUCAUUAGUUAGUGGAAACACGACCUUCCCAAGUGAGUCACAAAAAACGACUUUGUCAACCUUCAGCCUCUCCCCAAUUCCAAGCACCUCCUCUCGUCCAUUGGAAGAGAUACCAGAAUGCGAGGAACCUGAAACCGAUUUAAACCUGAUUGAAACACCAAGUGUCUUUUCGGAUGAGACUUCACAUUCGGUGGUAAGGCUGAUAAGAAUUGCCCGUUUUUGGUCAUAAAUGUAUAUUAAACUCAUCUCCAUUGAAAUACCAAUGUUUUCGGAGUGGAUGAUCAUUAUCGAUUAUUGUUUUAGAAAUACGUAUAUUCAUAUUGAUAUUGGAAAUAUAUUUAAAUCAAUGUCAUGAUUUCUAAUGCUCGUCCGAAACGGGCCCCCCGGACCCCUCCCCUAGAUUCGCCACUGAAACCAAUGAAGCCAAAGCCUCCUCUCAUCCACCUCAGGAGAAAUCCGCUCGACUCAAUUCAAAAACAGUAAAAAGAAAUUUUGCACGGACUCAACCUUUUAUAGAUAAAAAUAAUUACAAGGAAGUCAUGUAAAGGAAUAUCUAUCCGCUAUUCAUCCAGAAACGUGAUCAUGAUAUACUGCAGUUCUACUUUUUUAUCAAUUCUUUCAGGGUUUUGUUGUGGCGUGGUCUGGAAAGAAAAAAGACGUUUCUUUGCGUUUGGUUAAGCAUUUUUCAAAAGCUAAGGAGGAAUCUUGGAAAAAGGAGACAGAAAUAGCCAAGGAACUCAAUGCAGAUGGCGAAGGGCAUCCAAACAUCAUCAAAUAUUGCUGGAAAGCUCGAAGUAGGAAGACAAGCGCAAUUUUUCCGAUAUAAGGCGGUUUCCGUUAUAUCUAGUUUAGAUUUUAUGAAGGACAAAUAGGCUGAAAAUAGGUUACAUAUGGCUACGCAUGUUUAAGGCCAACGCUAUUCACAUUAUGAUGAGGUUGGCUUCCUAUGCAGUGAGACAUUUGACAAUUUUUAAAGGGAAACGCUUGAUUGCAAUGAUCGUCCCUCGCAGUUACAUAGGAUCACCAAGGCUUUAAAAUGAUUUUUCUUCUAAUUGAUUAUUUCUUACCAAGUGAAUUUUGACAAUACAUAACUGGUUACUGAUUUCAGAAUUUUCCGAAUCUUUUUUCUUUUAGCUGAACAAUGCAAGCUACAUCACAAGCGAGGAAAAUUUCUUCGAUUAAAGAAAAGUUAUUUGUAAGCUAUUUAAAGAGUGAAGGAACCCGUAUUUAUCUCCCAGCUUUUUUUUUUUAUGAGAAAUGUCCUUACGGUAGCAAUUCAUUCUUUUUUCUUCCCCAGAAUGACUACUCUAUUUUGUUAACAUAAGAUUUCAAAUGUGGAAAAUUUAAACGUAAAAGUAAACCUUGCAAAGUAUAUUCUCUACGAAUUAUCGCUGAAAUUUCGGUAUCAAUCCAAAAUGUGAAAGAAAAUCUUAUCCCCAGUUCAGGACACUGUCACUGAGUUAAGAGCUCCUUCAGUCAAUACAGUUACAAUAUUCCUAAUACUUAUCUAUGUUAUUGAUCUCAAUCACAGUUUGCUUUGCUAUGACUUUACUUCGAGUAAGACGUUGGCUGAGUUCUUGAAUGACAACCGAGUUACUCUAAACCUGGACCUAGUCUUAGUUGUGGCCAUUGAUUUAAUUUAUGCCAUCGAAUACUUGGAACGAAAGGGUGUUAUUCAUAACGAAAUAACAACUUCCCACGUGCUGAUAGGAAGAGGACUAAGGGUAAGAUAGAUUAUGAACUAACUACGAUUCAUGUGAUGAAUUUUCGAUGUUACGCACUCUCUGAUUGGCUGAUCGAAACACCAGGGUUUAUCACAUCACAGCUGCAUGCAUGGUAAGCUACGAAUUUAACCCGGAUAAUGAAAUGUCCUUUCAUGCGUCAAAAUAAGGGCGAUAAGAGGUAUAAUUACAAAUAUCAUUAAGGAAACAGACCACAUGUGUCAGUGAACUAAAAGAAUCACACCCAAUCCAACUGUCUGUAUUUAUCUUUACGAGCUCUAUCCAGGUAAAUAAUGUUCACUAACGCUUGUAUGGUUAGUAGUGACUGCCAUUGGUUCUAGUCGUCUCAAUUAAAAGGGUAACCUGGCGAGUAAAGUGGAAGAUUCCCUUUCCUGCACUUGAAAGAGAACUACAACAAGUCGUUCAGCCUAACUAGUCAAUUUUUUUUCCAAGUUCAGUCAGUUCCCGUUUUUAAUAGUUUUAAGGGUUUAUUAACUUUCACCACCGCGAGAUUUAACACCAGAAUAUUCCAUAAUCAAUGAAUGUAAUCCGCAAGUUCGAUAAUUUUCACGCAGAUGCCCCCGAUAGCUGCUAUUCUUGGAGGAUUUGGUUCGGCCCAGUUGAUAUCUCGAGACUUUCCUGAAUCUACAAAAACUGAGCAUGAAAGGAAGGAUAUGUUAGGGAAAAACAUCCUUCAAUUUGGUUUCUUGUUGAAUGAUUUGAUUAAGAGCUGCAACGAAGAUGAAGAGGUGGCACAAGUAGGUUGAACAUUCAAACUUAUUGAUGUAAAACAUUCAAGGUAUUUUUUAUUUCGGGCUGAACAGUUCUUUGUAGCUACGAGUGUGUCGUUGAUUAUCCGGCAAGGUAUACUUAACCAACGACAUACUCUUUAGUUAUGUGUAUUAUCACACAAAAUUCGCAUGGAUUUUCCUUCGUGAUCCACAGGUUUACAAUAGUCUCAAUUGCAUUUAUCAACUCGAAGCAUUGCGUUUAAGCUUUAAGAACGGUAAAGUUUACCACAAAUGGCAACAAGGAAGAAAUAAAUAUCACUUAACUAUUAAGAAUUUUUAGAAGUAUGAAACAUUUUUUCAUAGCUCAAUUACACUUUAAAAAAUUAGCACCUAACAUUGUUUCCGAAUACCAUAACAAUUCUACAUAUCUUGCAUGACACGCCCUAUGCUACAAAAAAACUCUGAAGGUGAAGCUUUAACCUUUCCUAACAUCAGUAUGCAUAUUCUCCAUACUACUCCCAAGACAUUUCCAAGGGGUCUGACAGGGAGAAUGUGUUCAACAAUCAAGAGCUUCUUUAGUUAGUGAUCAUUCCCUUUAUUCUCAUGACCUUAAUGUUUGAUUCAGGGGUGAUAUUGUAAGGAGAAAUUAGAUGCUGGUCACUUUUAGGGAUUAAGGGGUUAACAUCCUUCUUCACGAUAUGUAAUUAUGGGACCUAGGAGGGAUGAUGAGUCUAUCAUUAAGUUUGACGGUCUGUGGGUAAGAAAACAAAAUACACUUCUCUUUUUCACUUUUCUUUCUCACUUUUCUUUUUUCUUUUCCUAUUGUAGCUUCGAGAAAUGAUACAAUUGUGCUUUGAACAAGACCCGGAUGUUCGACCAAAAGCUUUGCAACUUCGAGGCCUUCUGGAAGAGCUGUGGUGUCGCAAUGAUAUCUGGGAUACAAAUUUGUAG